AUGGUGGUGGUCGGCGUGUACGUAUCACCCAACAGCGGAUGGGCAGCGUUCGAGGAGUUCCUGGACGGGAUUGGCGACUGCGUCAGACGGCACUUUCCCCGUCAGAUACUGGUGCUAGGAGACUUCAACGCGCACUCAGCGGAAUGGGGAAACCCCAGAACCAACGCGCGCGGCCGCGCGCUGUCAGACUGGGCCGCGGGACUUGGGCUCCUGCUGGUGAACAGGGGCACGACCAGCACUUGCGUGACGUGGAGGGGGAGCUCAGCCGUUGACAUCACUUGGGCUUCCCCUGACACAUUCAGACGAAUCACAGGCUGGAGAGUAGCUGAAAGGAUCGAGACACUCUCGGACCACCUCUACAUAUUCAUGGAGGUGAAAGGCAUGCCUGGACCUGGAACGGUGACCGCCGUGGCGGCCUGGAACUGGGAGGCACCGAUGAUCCAGACAGAAACAAGCGUGAAGGAAGAGACCGAGAACCUCCGGCGAGACAUGACGGCAAUCUGCGACGCGUCCAUGUCACGAACCACGCUGGGCACUGGGCGGAGCAGAGCCGUGCACUGGUGGACCCCCGACAUCGCGGAGCUGAGGGCGAGAUGCGUCCGGGCACGAAGACGGUACCUGAGGGCCCGCAGUUGGCGACGACGGAACGAGGAAGAUGUCACACGGCGCUACCAAGUGUACCGCGCGCUGCGGCGCUCGCUGCAGAAAGCCAUUACGGCCGCGAAGAACCGUGCGUGGUCGGAACUGGUUGAAGCAGUAGAGGCCGACCCAUGGGGAAGGCCAUACAAGACAGUGACACGGAAAAUUCGCGCGAAGGGACCCCUGGCAACGGCGGAGAUGGAACCGGAGCUGCUGCAGCAGAUAGUUGAGACGCUCUUCCCGCCGCAAGAGGACAGUGCAGCAGAACAGCUGCAGGACACAACCUGGACAGGGGAGUGGACGGACGACUGGGAAGUCACGGAGGAAGAAUUGCGGAAGGCGACCAGAAGAAUGGCCUCCCCAACUACGCUGGUCUGGACCCAGCUCAGAGUUGACAUAUGGCAAACCAGAUGUCGCUCCACGUAUUUGGCAGCAUGA